AUGACUGAUUACAAGCCUGUUUCAACUCCUUUAUGUCCUAAUACCAAGCUCUCUCUCGAGUGUACUACAGAAUCAGUUCCUUCUACACUUUAUAGGUCUAUCAUUGGAAGUCUCUUGUACCUCACAGCUUCCAGACCAGAUAUUAUGUACUCUGUGGGACUGGUAGCAAGAUUUCAGUGCAAUCCUAGACUCUCUCAUCUCCAGGCUGGUAAAAGGAUUCUUAGAUAUAUCAAAGGAACUAUCUAUUAUGGUUUGCACUACAUUGUUUCCCUUACACUGCCUAUAACAGCCUUUUCAGAUGCUGAUUGGGGUGGCUCCUUACCUGACAGAAAAAGUACUUCAGGUGACUAUUAUCUUCUUUGUUCAAAUAUUGUUUCCUGGCUGAGUAAGAAACAAGAUACUGUCUCUCUUUCUACUUUACAAGCUGAGUAUAUUGCUGUUUCUCAAGCUGCUUCCCAACUUCUCUGGAUGCAUACUACUCUUGCAGAUCUUGGUCUUCACUUCUCAGGUGCUCCUAUACUCUACUGUGAUAAUCAAAGUGCCAUUGCAAUAAGUAAGAAUCCCACACUUCACUGGAAGAGCAAACAUAUUGAUAUUAGGUAUCAUUUUCUUCGAGACAAAGUUCAGAAAGGUCUUAUUGACAUCACUUAUUUACCCACUCAAAAUCAACUGGUAGAUAUCAUGACCAAACCUCUUCACCCUCGCAGGUUUUUAACCCUUAGAACUCUUCUUAGGGUUGUUCAACCGCCUUUCUAA